ACAUUAUUGCAGAUGACAACAGUUCUAAGAUUUAAUAAAAGAUGGAUUCUUUUAUUAACUGGAACUACUGUAUUAUUGCUUACUUGUAUAGUAUUUACAUUAAAGUCAACAUCGGUAUUAUCUGCACCACCACUUCCUAUUAGAGACUUACCUUCAUAUUGGCCAACUCCUUUAGAACAAACUGUUUGUCAACCAAAGAUUUAUGUCUAUAAAGUACCAGAUACAUUCCAAGUUCCAAAGGAAGUUCAAGAAGGGAGAUGUCAUGAAUCAAAUUAUAAUUCCGAAAUCAUUCUUCAUAAUCAACUUACUGAUCCCUCAAGUCCCUUUUAUAAAUAUUAUGUAACCGAAAAGCCGGAUGAAGCUGAUUUUUAUUUUAUUCCUUUCUUUGGUGCCUGCUAUCUUUAUAAUUGUUGGGCUCAGCACAAUUGGAAAUGGGAUGAACGUUGUGAUGUGGAUAGUAUUUAUGUAGAUCCUAUGAUGGACAUGGUUAUUCACGAUUAUCCUUAUUGGAAUCAAUCAGGUGGUAAAAACCACAUCAUGAUCCAUCCCAUGGAUCAGACUUUUACUUAUUACAAAAAUAAUCAUCGUUUUCAACCUGCUAUUUUCUUGAAAACAGUGGGUGAUAAAAGAGAAAAAUGGAUGCAUCGUCAUCGUUAUCAUCGAGAUAUUGUCAUUCCUUCUGCAACUCGCAUGAUUCAUCAUUUACAUGUGAAUCCUUUAGAUUACUUGACUCAGGACGGUCACCCCAAAUCAGGUAAAAGAGACAUCUUUGUGCUCUUUCAGGGAUGUUGUCCCGAUGUUAAACCAGAAGAUGAAUAUUCAAACGGCAUUCGUUCCUUGAUAUUUCAAUAUUUUGCACAUUAUCCUGAUUAUGAAAUUGGUCAAGUGAUUGCUGAUCAAGAAUAUCUAGGGAAAUUAAGUCGAGCCAAAUAUGGAUUAAGUCCUAUGGGUUGGACUUUGGAUACAACUCGAAUUUGGGAAUUUAUGGCAUUUGGCGUUGUCCCUGUUGUUAUUGCCGAUGGCAUCAUUGAACCCUUUGAAUUUGAUGUUGACUGGGAUUCAUUCAUUGUUCGUGUUCGUCGUGAUGAAGUGCAUCGAUUAGACGAGAUCCUAAAAGGAAUUGAUGAAAAGACAUAUGAAUAUAAGCGACAAAAAUUAUGGGAAUAUGGUCGUCGUGUUGGUUUAGAGCAGGAUGCAUGGCACUUUAUUGUUCGUGAUUUAUGUAGAAUGGAAAAUAUUAGAGCACCCACUAAUCUAGGAUUAGGUUAUUAAAUUGUAUUUACUUAUCACCUUCCAUUUUUAGUUGUAGUAGUAGUAGUACUAUGUUUAUGUCAUAAAAGAAGAUGGAUAAAAAAAAAUUGUAUAUUUAAACAACAAAUGACCAAAA